CCUGACUGCCCCUAACAUACGAUAUGAAGAGUUUUUAACUCUUGGUAAAACUUAAGAACUCCCGUUAACUUGGUGGUGGUUUGGUUGAAUCGAAUCGACAAUCGAGAGCGAAAAGGCCACUCUCUCUCUCGUUCUUCUCUCUGAUCGUCUUUUCCUUCUGAGGACUGAGAACCGAGGAAGAAGAUGAAGGUGAAGGUGAAGCGGAGCUUCAUUGCGGCGGCGCUGUGCGUUCUGUGUGUCCUCUCCGUCUCCCACGAAUCAAUAUCAAUAUCAAUUGUUGGAUCAGCAUCUUCUUCUCCCACCACGAAUCAAUUUCUCGGAAUCUCCCCCCAAGAUGAGAAAUACUACAAAUCUUCGGAAGUGAUAAAAUGCAAAGAUGGAUCCAAGAAAUUCAGCAGGGCUCAGCUCAACGACGACUUCUGCGAUUGCCCUGACGGCACCGACGAGCCUGGUACAUCUGCAUGCCCAGCUGGAAAAUUUUAUUGUCGGAAUGUGGGACACGCUCCUUUCCUGAUAUUUUCGUCUAGAGUGAAUGAUGGAAUUUGCGACUGCUGUGAUGGGAGUGAUGAAUAUGAUGGUCAAGUAAAGUGCCCAAAUACAUGUUGGGAGGCUGGGAAAGUGGCUAGAGAUAAGCUCAAAAAGAAGAUUUCUACUUACCAAGAGGGGGUCGCUAUACGAAAGCAGGAAGUUGAACAAGCCAAAAUAGCUAUGGCCAAAGAUGAAGCAGAACUAUCAAAGUUGCAAAGUGAGGAGAAAAUACUGAAAAAGCUUGUUGACCAGCUAAAAGAACAAAAAGAACAAAUAGAGAAGACAGAAGAGAAGGAACGGUUACAGAAAGAAAAAGAAGAGCAGGAGAGAAAAGAAGCCGAAGAGAAAGCUAACCAAGGGAAAAGCAAAAUUGAAGAGGAAGCUAAGCCGGACAGUAGUGAGGAUUUGGAAAACUCUGAUGGUGAAGUCAGACGUACAGAAAGUACGUAUGAAGAGAAAAUUGGGAUUUUGGAGGGUUCUCACUCAUCUCAGGAUACAGCAGAGAACCAUGAUGACUUAGCUGCUAAAGAUGAUCGUAGUAAUACUCCUGAACAUAAGGGAUCGUUGGUUGAGAGUGUAGAACAGCAUGAAGAAAAGCAGAAGGAAGAGCCUGUUGCUAUAUCUGAAAAUGAAUUUGAUUCUGGAAGCAAGGUGCCUCCUGAUGAGGGCGAGGAUGAAUCUGAAAAGACCGAGUCAUUGUCCAGGGAAGAGUUAGGCCGCCGUGUUGCUUCUCGUUGGACUGGUGAAGAUACCACAAAGGAAGGAGAAGAAGUUGAUGCUGUAAAAGAGGACACUCAUGAGGAGUAUGAUGGCUAUGCUUCAGAAACUGAUGAUGACAACCAAAAAUAUGACGACGAAGAUGUGGAGGAGGCGGCAGAUAAUGAUUUUGGAGAGGAGGAUCACGGCGAUUCUGAUUCUUCUUACAAAUACGAGUCAGACACUGAUUCAGACUUUUCAGAUGUAACAACUUCAAGUACUCCAUCUUGGUUGGAGAAGAUACAAAAAACUGUGCGGAACCUUCUACAGGCUGUUAAUUUAUUCCAAACUCCAGUGAACCAAUCAGAGGCUGCUAGUAUACGCAAGGAGUAUGACGAAUCCAGUGCCAAGUUGUCUAAGAUAAGUUCAAGAAUAUCAAGCUUGACAAAAAAGCUAAAACAUGAUUUUGGACCAGAUAAGGAGUUCUACUCAUUCUAUGAUCGUUGUUUUGAAAGCAAGCAGAAUAAGUAUGUUUACAAAGUAUGCCCAUAUAAACAAGCUUCCCAGGUGGAGGGCCACUCUACAACCCGUUUAGGGAGCUGGGACAAAUUUGAGGACUCGUACAAAGUCAUGGUCUUUGCAAAUGGUGAUAAGUGCUGGAAUGGGCCUGAUAGAAGUUUGAAGGUCAGACUUAGAUGUGGAUUGAAAAAUGAGGUUGCUGAUGUUGACGAACCAAGUCGUUGCGAGUAUGUAGCGUUGUUUUCUACACCAGCGCUUUGCUUAGAGGAAAAACUUAAGGAACUGCAACACAAAUUAGUCGUAUUGAACAAAGAAGAACCACAAGGCCACGAUGAACUUUAAAUGGUCGUGACGGAUUUACCCUGCAACGUGGCCUUUUACGCAAAGUGAUUUGAAGGAUUUCAAGCAAUUUUCCAGUAGUGUCCCCUGAAAUUUAUUUAUAGGGGUUGUGGAUUGAUGCUUUGAUGAGGAGCCCUUAACAGGAAAGUCUGACUCAGUAGCACGAAGUGAUAUGAAAUGAUUGAUCCUCUGAUACAAUUUUGAAAUGAGCUUAAGAGUAGUAGUAAUUCCAAAAUCAUAUGAUUAUAUAACAUAUAUAUAUAUAUAUAAUUGUAGUUGUAUGAUCUAA